AUGGGAAGGAGAAAUCCCAGUCAACCACAACCAUACUAUGGCUACGUCAGGAAACCAGAAGGACAGCCCUACUAUGGCUACUACUCGGGCUUCAACCAUAGCACGUCGGCCCAGAUUCAUCAUUUGGCCAAGACUUUAACCACAGGAGCACCUUCCUUUUUCGACGAGACUUUUUCGAGACAACACACGUCGAGCCAUGGCCACCACAAUCAGCAUGGCCACCACCCGACUCAACCGUACAGCCAUGUGGCUACUCCCCACGGCGUCAACCCAGUGACAGACAAGACCGAUCCCACAUUAGAUCCCGAGUCGGACCAGUUCAACUCGAAACGAUGGGUGCAGAAUAUGUGGACGUUAUACCAGAGCGAUUCUGAAUACUACAAGCCGGGCAAAUUGGGAGUCGCCUACAAAAACCUCCGGGUCUAUGGUGACGCUAUUGAGCUGGAUUACCAAACUACAGUUUCCAAUGGUAUUUUCAAGUUUGCUAGCAAAAUCGUCAACAAGUUCAAAAAACAUUCGGAUGAAGAUUAUACUUUUGAUAUCUUGAAACCAAUGGAAGGUUUGAUCAAACCCGGUGAAGUCACUGUGGUUUUAGGCCGCCCAGGUGCAGGUUGCUCGACUUUUUUAAAAACAAUUGCUUGCCACACCGAGGGCUUCAAAGUUGCCGAUGGCUCCAUCAUUUCAUACGAUGGUAUCACUCAAGAAGAGAUUAAGAAGAAUCUCCGAGGCGAAGUGGUUUAUUGUGCCGAAACAGAAACGCAUUUCCCCAAUUUAACCGUUGGCGAAACUUUGGAAUUUACAGCGUUGAUGAAGACUCCUAGAAACAGACCGCUUGGGGUCUCGCGCUCGGCGUACGCAAAACACAUUGUUGACGUUGUUAUGGCAACUUAUGGUUUGACCCAUACCAAAAACACCAAAGUUGGAAAUGACUUUAUUCGAGGAGUUUCCGGAGGUGAGCGCAAAAGAGUCUCGAUUGCUGAAGUAUCAUUGGUGCAGGCAUCAAUUCAAUGUUGGGACAACUCGACACGAGGCUUGGACGCUGCCACGGCGUUGGAAUUUAUCAGCUCUUUGAAAACCUCGGCUAGUGUCAUGAAUGAAACUCCAUUGAUUGCCAUUUACCAAUGUUCUCAAGAUGCCUAUGACUUGUUUGAUAAAGUCAUUGUUAUGUAUGAAGGUUACCAAAUCUUUUUCGGAUCUAGCCAGCGCGCUUCAGUUUAUUUCCAAAAGAUGGGCUAUGUGUGUCAAGAACGACAAACUACUCCUGAUUUCCUUACUUCGGUAACAAACCCCGCGGAAAGACAAGUCAAGCCCGGGUUUGAAAAGAUUGUUCCUCGAACUCCAAAAGAAUUUUAUAGAUAUUGGAGAAGAUCUCCCGAGAGACAGGCCUUGGUGGAAGAGAUUGACGAGUAUUUGGACAAUUGUGAAAACUAUGACCAAAAGCAAGAAGUGUUUGAAGCCAUGAUUGCUAAAAAGGCCAAGCAUACCCAUACCAAGUCCCCUUAUACGGUGUCAUUCCCCAUGCAAGUGCGCUAUGUCAUUUCGAGAAAUUUCGAUCGAAUGAAGGGUGACCCUUCAGUGCCACUUCUUACCAUUGUUGGAAAUGUCGCCAUGAGUUUGAUUUUGGCAUCUGUCUUUUACAACCUUCAACCAAAUACCGAUUCUUUUUACUACCGGUGUGCAGUGAUGUACUAUGCGUUAUUGUUUAAUGCCUAUUCCUCGGUGUUGGAAAUUUACACCAUUUACGAAACGAGGCCCGUUGUGCAAAAGCACCGCGAAUAUGCAUUGUAUCCACCCAUGGCGGACGCAUUGGGCUCGAUCAUUGCAGAUGUGCCGUUAAAGUUGAUUUGUUGCAUCUGUUUUAAUUGUGCAUUGUAUUUCAUGGUGAAUUUCAAAAGAGAACCCGGUGCCUUUUUCUUUUACUUGUUGAUCAAUUUCCUUUCCACACUCAUGAUGUCGCAUUUAUUUAGAACCAUUGGUGCUUACACGUCAACCUUGGCCGAGGCCAUGACCCCUUCGAGUUUAUUGUUGUUUGCCAUGAGUACUUUUACUGGGUUUGCUAUCCCCGUCACUUAUAUGCUUGGGUGGUGUAAAUGGAUCCGUUGGGUGAAUCCCCUUGCUUAUGCUUAUGAGGCUUUAAUCGCCAAUGAGUUCCACGGCAGAUCAUUUGAAUGUACCUAUUUUGUGCCGCUGGGUUUUGGCUACCCAACAAGUGGGCCCUCGGUUGUUUGCGCCUCAUUGGCAUCGGUUCCCGGUAGCAAUUUUAUUAAUGGCGAUCUGUACAUUCGAGAAGCCUUUAGUUAUGAAUGGGACCACGCGUGGAGAAAUUUUGGAAUCUUGCUUGCAUUUGUCAUUUUCUUGCUUAUCACAACAUUGGUUUGCGUACAGUAUAACCGGUCUGGUACCUCCAAAGGUGAAAUUUUGGUGUUUAAAAAGAAGGAUAUUAAGAAAAUGAGAAGAUUUGAAAAUGACGAAGAGAUGAAUAUGGGACAAAAUGGCGGUGGAAGCUCAAAUGAAGGUAGCUAUAUCGAUGAAAAACACGGUUAUGAUUUUAAUGGAUCGACUGAAUUUUCCGAUGGCUCGUUUGACUCGUUGGACCGCAGCAAGAUUUUGGAAACUUCAAAUGUUUUCCAUUGGAGAAAUUUGUCCUACAAUAUUCGUCUUAAAGGCGAGGACCGCACUAUUUUGAACGGUAUCGAUGGAUGGGUCAAGCCCGGGCAAGUCACUGCCUUGAUGGGUGCAUCGGGUGCAGGAAAGACAACGUUGCUUAACGCAUUGAGUGAACGGUUAACCGUUGGUGUCAUUACAUCGGGCUCAAGAAUGGUUAACGGAGGCAACUUGGACAAUGCUUUCCAAAGAUCGAUUGGAUAUGUUCAACAACAGGAUUUGCAUUUGGAAACAAGCACCGUUCGAGAAGCUCUUAAAUUCAGUGCAUACUUGAGACAGCCCAAUGACGUUUCCAAAAAACUGAAGGAUGCCUAUGUCGAAAGAAUUAUUGAGUUGAUGGAGAUGGAAUCCUAUGCCAAUGCCGUUGUUGGUGUUCCAGGUGAAGGUCUCAAUGUCGAACAAAGAAAGAGAUUAACCAUUGCCGUGGAGUUGGUUGCCAAGCCAAAGCUCUUGGUGUUUCUUGAUGAACCCACCUCUGGGUUGGACUCGCAAACCGCUUGGAGUAUUUGUAAAUUGCUUAGAAAAUUGGCUAAUCACGGCCAAGCCAUCUUGUGCACCAUCCAUCAACCAUCAUCGGUGCUUUUGGAAGAGUUUGAUCGAUUAUUGUUUCUUCAACGCGGUGGGCAAACUGUUUAUUUCGGCGAGUUUGGUUACAAGUGCCAAACCUUGAUUCGUUAUUUUGAGUCUCACGGAGCACCCAAAUGCCCCAAACAUGCCAACCCUGCCGAGUGGAUGUUGCAUGUGAUUGGUGCUGCUCCUGGAUCCACUGCGAACCAAGAUUACUUUGAAGUUUGGAAAAAAUCAAGAGAGUACAAGCGAGUCCAGCGCGAGUUGGACCGGUUGGAACACAAACGCGGCAGCAAGAAGGAAGAUUCAGCAGUUGGUGGGGUUGAAGACUCGGAGACAAAUAAGUCAUAUGCUGCGCCCUUGUGGAAGCAGUACCACUAUGUUCUCUUGCGUUUGUUUCAGCAAUACUGGCGAACACCAUCCUAUAUCUACUCGAAAUUUGCCAUGGCUAUAUUGUGUUCGCUUUUCAAUGGAUUCACUUUUUACAAGUCGAAAAACUCGAUGCAGGGACUUCAAAAUCAAAUGCUUUCAAUCUUUAUGUUGUUUGUGGUGAUGACCACCUUGUCUCAACAAUAUGUGCCCAUGUUUGUCACCCAGCGUGAUCUUUAUGAAGCCAGAGAAGCACCGGCAAAGACAUUUUCCUGGUUUGCAUUUAUCUUGGCGCAGAUUACUGCCGAGUUGCCUUAUCAAAUUGUUGCUGCGUCCAUCUCAUUCUUUUGCUGGUACUACCCCGUUGGAAUGUAUCGUAACGCUGGCGAUGCCGUGGUGCAACGUGGGGCAUUGAUGUGGGUUAUCAUGACGUUGAUGUUUAUUUAUUCAUCCACGUUGGCCCAGUUGUGCAUCUCAUUCAAUCAAUUGGCCGAUAAUGCCGCCAAUGGCAUUUCGAUGUUGAUCACCAUUUGCAUGACAUUUUGUGGUGUCAUUGCCACCAAGGAUUUCAUGCCCCGUUUCUGGAUUUUCCUUUACCGAUUCAAUCCAUUCACGUAUUUGCUUUCAGCCAUGUUUUCCAUGGGUAUUGGUAACUCCAGCGUCCAAUGUGCCGCUAACGAGUUUCUCCAUUUCCCCACAGAGCACCCUGGUGUUCAAAAAUGUAAGGACUACAUGGGUGCAUACAUUGCAGUCGCUGGAGGAUAUUUGACCAACCCCGAGGCUACAGACAAUUGUCAGUUUUGUGUCACCAACCAAACCAAUCAAUAUUUGAAGCAUUUGAACAUUUCAAUAUCCCAAUUCGGGAGAGACUGCGGCGUUUUUAUUGGAUUCAUUGCGUUCAAUAUGAUUUUCACUGUUUUCUUUUACUGGUUGUUCAGAGUGCCCAAAGGUGACAGAAGGAAGAAUAACGGAUGGUUCAGUCGAUUGGUUUUCCAUGAUGGCUACAAUGACCAAGCAUAA